AUGACCAAGGGUUGCUAUACCUGUCGACGCCGUCGCAUUAUCUGCGACAAUGGCCUGCCGACUUGCAGAAAGUGUCGCGAUGCAGGGAAAGAAUGCCUGGGCUAUCAGAAGCCGUUGGUGUGGGUGAAAGGUGGUGUGGCUAGUCGAGGCAAGAUGAUGGGUCGCAGCUUCGACGAUGUCAAGAAACCCGACGGAGAUACAAAGGCCCAGAGUUCUACGCAAUCUCAAGUCUCAGCGGUGGCGAAUACUGCUGGCUUUGGCUUCUUUUCGAUCACCGAAUCCUCCUCUCCUACCAGCUCGCCGAGCUCGGGAGCACAUACGAGUCCAGAAUCCGAUACCUAUGUACACGAGACUGUGGAAACUGUAACAUCUGGACAUGCUGAUGGGCAUAUAUCACUUGGUUUGAAUGCAACGGAAGAAGCGGACAGCAGGAUGGUACAUGUCCCUAGGGGCGCCUCUAUGGACUUCAUUUCAGCCCCCUGGGGUCUGGUAGAUCCGCUGUUCAAAGACAUGAGUCAAAUCUCACGGUUCUACCUCUUCCACUACAAUCAACAUAUGGCCAAUGACUUUGUUGUAUAUUCCCAGUCCAAGAACCCUUGGCGGGAUAUUAUUUCUCUAGUCGGUGACUCGCCGCUUCUCGCACAUGGUCUAUGUGCCAUGGGCGCUCUACACUACUCGUUGAUGUCGGAAUCAGACUCGACCCAGAUGCCUUGGUCUUCAAACAGCCUCUUGACCAGCAGCUCACCUCUGUCACCCGAAGACAUUGAAACUAUCGUCUCCCCGGCUGGUAAUCGGCGGCCAUCUUCAAGGGCAUUCCAGCAUUUUCUCGAAUUCAAGCAACGUACACUCCAUCAACUCUCCAAGGACCUUUCAAAUCCCGUGAUGCAAAAAGACGACAGAACCUUGGCAGCUAUCGUUGUGCUUGCUCUUGUGGAUAUAUUCGAAUCGGGAAGUGGAGCAUGGAGUUAUCACAUUGAAGGCGCCAAGAAACUCUUGAGAGACAGACCAGAAAAUAACCUCGGCCGAGGUAUCCUUGAUGGACUCGAAACCUUUGCCAUCGACGGAUGCCUAAUCAUGGAAAUCAUGGGCUCAACCCUCGCUCGCCCAGGCGCCCUCUCCAAACCGUUCUACUCCGCCGCCAUGGGCCCAGCCAUGCUCAAACGCCUUGAAGAAACCUCUUGGGUCGGCUGUCCCGCCUACCUCCUAGAAGUAAUCUUUUUCAUCCACACCCUCUGGUACCCAGACUCCGAAAUCACCACCGCAACUCCCCAACCAUCCGCCCUCCCCGCCUCAAUGCAACAAGGCCAACCGCUCUCCCUGGAAUCAUACCUCGCUCUCCUCCAAGGAAUCCGCGACUUCGACCCUGUAGCCUGGGCCCACCACAUGCAAGCCUCCCAUUUCCUCUCCGACCUCUCUACCCGCAUCGCCCUCGCAAGAUCCUACCAAACAGCCGUCUACCUCUAUACAAGCCGUGUGCUAUCCCGCACCCGCGAAGGCUACACCCCUCCCUGGGCAGACGUCGGUCUACCAGCAGACCACUCCGCCGUGGCGAGCGACCUCCUCAAUCAAAUAUGUUCCGUGCCAUACUCCGAUCCACACUUUAAAUGCCUAAUAUGGCCUACUUUCAUCGCCGGCGCAGAAUGUCGCCGUACAUCGCAGCGGCCCCUCGUUCUUGAAAAACUCGGUGCGCUUUACCAGGCCGUGACGAGCGUCAACGUACAGAAUGCUGCGUGGGUUCUGCGAUUGAUGUGGCAGAAGCAUGAUCAGAAACGGCGCGAGAAUUGUGUGAGUACGCUUUCUGGACUCACGCUUGAAAAUGUGGAUGGUGUUGGUGGUGCGGGUAAUGUCGAUAUCAAUGAUGACGAUGACGAAGAUUAUGAUAAUACGUUUGACUGGGUCGAUGAGCUGGAUGAGUCGCGCCUGGAUUGGUUGUUCAUUUGA